GAACCUGCUGGGAACACAAAUAAAAAAAGUGUCGGUUCAUCGGGGACUGUGACCCGCACGAACCCAAGCCGGGUGGCUGGCUAUCAAAGUGCGCGAGUACCCUCGCUUUAUGCACUGACUCUAACAGCAUUUUCCAGUCAAGCUUUCCCCGGUUAUUAUUUAUUUAUUUAUUUUGUAGAUUUUCGUCGAUUUAUAGUUAUAAUUUGAUGUGAAGCCGAGCCCCUCUUUGCUUCAUAGCUGUUCCCCAGCCAUUGCGAUGGCCUCCGAUAACGGUAACACGGACAGAGAGAUCAUCCUGGCUGACUUUCAGGCUUGCACCGGCAUAGACAACAUUGCAGAAGCAAUUGCUCUCCUUGAACUGAAUAACUGGGAUUUGGUGGCAGCAAUCAAUGUUGUGAUUCCACAGGAAAACGGUAUUUUGCAGAGUAAUUUACCAAGCGAGGCCAGCGAGUCGGGGUCUCUAUUCCGCCCAUUAGAGCCCAUGCCGCCCUCUGUGUCCACCUCCACAUCACCGCCGUCGCCCUCCUGCCCUGUCCGGGCCGCCCGGCAUGCACCGGAACACCCUCACGAGCCACGCAUGCUCAGCUUCCGCGUGGAGUACCGGCAGCGCUCAGUUGAGGUGGUGCUGGAUGAAGCGAGCACAGUAGGUGAAAUCAAGCAGGUUUUGGAGACGGAGCUGCAGAUCCCCGCAUCACAGCUGCAGUUGAGGGGCUGGAAGAUGGGAGACGUGUCUGAUUCUACUGUUCUGUCUAGUCUUCACUUACCUAAAAAUAACAGCCUGUACGUCCUGACCCCCGAUGUCGCCCAGCCCGCCUCCACCAGCGAGGCCCGAGCUUCAGAAGAGGCAUUAAGUCAGAACUUUGUGCUAGUCGUGAAUCACCAGGAGACUGGGAGGGACUACAGCCUUAACUUUCCUGGAGACAGGACCAUCCAGGAGGUAAAGAGGAAUAUCUCUGACGUCACCAACAUCCCAGUGAGGCACCAGCGGUGGGAGGGCUGGCCUGUCACUGCCACUGAUGACCAGGUGACGCUAGCAUCGUCGGGGAUCAGCUACCCCUGCCACCGUCUGCGUGUUCGCCGGAGGUCCCCCACGCCCACCACUGCGCAGGCCGAGCAGGUCUCUGACGUCCACAUGGCGAGCGACAGCGAGGGCGACGACUUCGAGGAUGCAUCGGAGUUCGGCGUGGACGAGUCGGAGAUCUUCGGGAUGGGAAUCUCGGGGAGCCGGAAAUCUCCGAUGAUGCCAGAUGACGCCGAGAACGAAGAAGAGGCCCUGCUGCACUUCACAUCCGAGUUUAGGAGCAGAUAUGGAGACCUCCAACCUGUUUUUUUUAUUGGCUCUUUGGAGUCUGCGCUACAGGAUGCUUUCUACGGCAAGGCCCGAGACAGGAAGCUGCUGUCCAUCUACCUGCACCACGACGAGAGCGUGCUCGCCAACGUCUUCUGCUCCCAGAUGCUGUGCGCCGAGUCCGUGGUCUCCUACCUCAGCCAGAACUUCGUCACCUGGGCCUGGGACGUCACCAAAGAGGCAAACAAGUCCAGACUCCUCACCAUGUGCACCAGGCACUUUGGCAGCACCGUGACACAGGCCAUCCGGACCCACAAGACGGACAACUUCCCGCUCUUCCUGAUCGUCAUGGGAAAGCGGGCGUCCAAUGAAGUUCUGAACGUCAUUCAAGGCAACACAACGGUGGAUGAGCUGAUGAUGAGGCUGAUGGGCGCCAUGGAGAUUUUCACAGCCCAGCAGCAAGAGGACAUCAAGGACGAGGCUGAGCGUGAAGCUCGCGAGAUGGUUAAGAGGGAACAGGACGAAGCGUACCGCGUGUCUCUGGAAGCCGACCGCAGAAAGAGGAAGGCUCAGGAGAAGGAGGAGGCAGAGCUGAGUCGCCUGGAGCAAAUGCGGAGGGAGCAGGAGCAGGAACGCGAGGCCAUACGCCUGUCGCUGGAGCAUGCUCUCCCGCCCGAGCCCGAGGAGGAGGACGACCAGCCAAUCAGCAAGCUGCGCAUCCGCACGCCCAGCGGAGACUUCCUGGAGCGCCGCUUCCUGGCCAGCUGCCGGCUGCAGGCGCUCUUCGACUUCGUGGCCUCCAAGGGCUACCCGUGCGAUGAGUUCAAGGUUAUCACCACCUACCCCCGCAGAAACAUCACAGAUUUGGAUCCUUCCUGGACCCUGCUGGACGCGAAGCUCUUUCCUCAGGAGACAUUAUUCUUGGAGGCCAAGGAGUAGGACGUAUGUGGGGACAGAGGGCUGGGGGCAUGUCGUCAGAUAGCGCCGCCCUGCUGGCGUGCGCAUGGCACUCAUACGGGGCAGGGACCGCAACCUCUGAGGCUCGUGAAGAGAUGUCCUCGCCAUCAAUAAAAAUAAAUGAAUAAAGAGUUUGCUAUGGCAAGGGUGCUGAAAGAUGUGUUUUAUGUGCUUAAAAAAAACAAAAGAAACAAAAAGUAUAUUUCCCGAUGAAGGCUAGAUUCUGGACUCGCCCAGCCCCCCAGGUGAGCUAACAGUGUCCUCCAGGGGCUUCUCACCUUCCUGUCUGAGAUGGCCUGACUGCACGCACCCAGGCUGCCUCUGUACGUUAGUGUGUGCUGCAGAACACGUUCUGUUAUUGCUUUGGAAAAUCAUUUUCUGAUUUAUGCGUCAGCAUGCUGAAUCUUCCUGGAAUUUAGCGUGAAAUCCCAAACCAGCUCUGUGAUGUUCAUGCUUGCGAUGUUAUUCCUUUUGUUGCAGUAUUAUUAUACAUUUGCAAACAUAUUUAUUAUGAUUUUUGAUCCCCUAACCCUAGAAUUUUCAUUUACUGAUGAUGAGGUGAAUGAUUCUGUUUCCUGUUUUAUACUUUAUAGGUGUGUGUGUCUGUGAGAGAGAGAGCGCCUUCAUAUUCAGCUUGUUCUUUGCCUUUUGUACUUGUUAGGUUACCUGUAGGGGGCGCACUUCGGCCUUGCUGCAGCCGUUAAACUCAACUCAGGGGUCUCAGGUGCUGGGCCUCGGUGGGUGGGCAGAGGCCCAGGUUGACAUUGUCAGUUUGCUGACACGGCAGGCUGUAGGCUGGGUGGGAAUUCCAUUAACCAGAAGGGACGGUGAAUUUGGUUUGUUUUAAGCCAGUUCAGUUCUUGGGCCAAUUCUGUCAUGACUGACCCAAACUUUUUUUUGUUCUUUGCAGUCCUUAAUGUCAUUCACAUCUAUGCUACCCAAGGUAACUCAGAGAGGCUGUUGUAUUUAUUAUUGCCGUGCUCCACAUGCACUGUUUUGGUCCUUAAGGAAGCAGCCUGACUUUUCUUUUCAUCCUCUGUCUUGGUUUUGAGGGGAUCUCCUGUUGCUCUGUUCCCUGUCUUCCUGAGAGCGGAUAGGAGAUUCCAAGCUGAGUUUCAUGCUAGACAUACCUUCGUAAACAAAGCCCACUAGGGGCAUCAUGCGUAAUUCAAAUAAACCAAUAAAAGCAAA